GAUUUUAAGGAGGAAGCGCUGUGGUUGCAUUAAUUAGUUGCAGUUGUCAUUUGCUUCUAACUUGUUAGAUUUGGGAACUGCGUCUGAAAGUGACUCCGUUUAAACAGAGUCACUUUGCUCAUAUGACGUUUGCGUCAUAGACCAAGCUGAGGUUUCAAACUCAUACUGAGGCAACUUCCUGCUCUUGAAUUAAACGGUGAGAAGUUUUUGAAGAGGUACAAACCAUUCGAGCUGGAAAGGGCUGCCAACCCAACAUCAGGUAUUUAUGCUCACUAAUAGUCAUGACGAACAAGUUCAAGUUGGGGUUGUUUCUUUUUCUUCUGGCCGUGAGCAGCUUGGUCUCUGGCAGACGUUUACUUGCUGUAGAAGAGAGGGAUCUACAAAAUACAACAGUCUCCAACUCCACAUCACAAUAUAACAAUGAAACUGAUCUUCAACCUACCGGUGGACCUCCACAGAUCACAGGGAUUAGAGAACAAAUGUCUUCUGCACCAGUCCAGAAUACCUCAGAAACAACCCACAGCCAACCUUCACAGGGAAACGGAACUGAUGGAAACCUAGGAACUGAAACGAGCAGUACCACACACCAGUGGAAAGGUAAUGAAAGUUCAGCAGGUACUGAAAGUCCUCUGCAAACGCCAUUUCCUGAUAGAAAUGGCAGCUCGGACCCCACACUGCCAAGCUCUGCUCCCAUGUUUUCUACUUCAGUUGGACCUAGAAAUGGAGCGAAUGCAACAAAUUUUGUCCCUACUGUGGUGACAACACUUCAUAAGGGCACAGAUGGACCUCCCAGAUCAAGAACAACACUCAAGCCAAUGCUUUCAUCAACCACAGAAAUAAGGACCACUCAGAAUCCUGUGCCAACUAAGCCACAUAGCACCCAAAAAUCAACCACCAAAGCUUGUCCUACAACUGAACCAAAAACAGAGGGUCUCGUAGGCACGUGCCUCAUUGCCAUCGCCAGUUUGGCUGCUUUAGCAAUCAUCUUCAUCAUGACCACCAUCAUCUUGGCCACAAAGUUGGCAGGCAGCAGAUACAGGCACAGAGCGAGCCUGCUUCACGACACGGAGAUGGUCUGCAUAUCUGCUCUCUUGAAUGAUUCCGAUCAUCCCAUUCCCACACCAAAGCACCCUAAAAGCAAUGGCGCACUGAUCCCAAUCACUGAGGAUGAAGACGGUGAUGAUCUCACCCUCAACAGUUUCCUGCCUGAUACCGAAGGUGUGGCAUAGAUGUCUAUAAAGAUCAAAACAACCAAGCGUUUGCAUUGAAAAUGAAGAUGGGGUUGACCUUGCCCCCUCACUUCUUCCUUCCUGAUGUGGAGUGUGUGGUGAAGCCAUUACCACUGGCUCUUUUGUUUUAAUCAAGCUUUUCCAUGUUGCUGUUAAACAAGACUGAAGAACUUCAUAAUCAUCAGAAAACCAGAGACUUGCAGAACUUUAUUCGAUCAUUUCUAGAAUACUGAAUGUACAGAACAAACUGAGAAAUGCCUGCACUUGGUCUACACCAAACUUGUCAAAUGCUGAUGCCGAAAUAGAUUGGUUUCCUCUGGAGGCCCAAGAGAAGCUGGUUGUCAGCAGAGAGGGUAAUAUUUGUGUUUAUUGGUGUUGCAUAGGAAGUGCAUGACGAGAGGAAGUGUUUUUAAAUAUAUGGUAGUUGUGUGUCUGUGUGGCAAAAGGGCUGCCUAGUGACAGCAACCAUGAAAUGUGGCCUUCAUUCAAUUCAAAACGCAUCAGGAUGUCUUAUUUCAGAAGCAUUGCGUAGUAUUUCAACACAUUUCAUGAUUUCAUAAGCACCCUGUCGCAUGCCUAUUUAUACAUGUAGCGCAAAGGAACUGCUUUUCACGUUUCCCAGUUUAUUAUGGUUUCAAAGGCUGUAUGUAAAAGGCUGAAAUAUAUCAUUUACCGUCUUUUGUGUGUUGUAAUCGACUAGAUUUUUAAAAUCACAAGUCAGUUGACUCAUGUAUUUUGGAUGGUUGUGUUCCCGUUUCCAGUCACCCAUUUCAUGAUUCAUAAGUUCCAAAUAAUGGAUCUGAUGCUGGUUUGAGUGAGCAACAUCUUUCUGAAAUUUCUCUUUGUGAUGCGCAUCAGAACUAGUCUCAUACUGGACUCGACAUAAAAUUUGCACGAACAUCUGCACAGCGGUCAGAUACUAAGCUUACAGGAGAGAAAAGAACAAUUACUACUAGUCAUCAGCAUGGCUUGUUCUGCAGUGCUGCAUAAUGCGUUUGCCAUUUUUGUUCAUUCAUUUAUCUUUCAUUGUGGUUAGCAUUGUGUUUUUUAGGUAGUGUUGUAGUCAAGACCACCUACACCAAGUCAUGACAGUGUAUCAAGCUCAAAACCAAGACUUUCAGAGGUUGAGAUCAAGUCAAGACCAAAACCAAAGUGUAUGAAGGCUAAGGCAGAGCAAGACCAAGUCAAGACCAGGACCAAGCCAGUGGGUGUGAAGGGGGGUAGGAAGGAUGAUGGCUGUUAACAGGAAGAAAAAUUUUUAAAUUAGCAAGGGGUCAUGUUAUUUGUUGCAUUUGAAGCAGGAAAUUUUACAUCCAAUCACAUUGUUAAUGUUAACAAAUAACUUGGCUAAUGUGUCGGCAAUUUAGUGAUAUCCCCGCAGUUGUGGCUUUGACCGGUCUUUAAAUAAAAUCCUGAGUCCUCUAUGGCCGAGACCAAGACAAGACCGAGUAAAAACAUGGUCGAGACGGGGACCUUCAAAAAGUGGUCUUGAGACGAAGGCUGAUCUCAAGUUUACGUCACUUAUUUUAUGUUUUGGUUACUAGAACUAACUUGCCAUGUGGUACAAUCAAAAGCAAUACACUAUCGGGGGGUGGGGGGACUUUCCUUCCUUCCUUCCUUCCUUCCUUCCUUCCUGCAGGACUGACUCCAUCCAUCCAUCCAUCCAUCCAUCCAUAACUGCUUAUCCUGUGCAGGGUUGCGGGCAAGCUGGAGCCUAUCCCAGCUGACUAUGGGCGAGAGGCAGGGUAGACCCUGGACAAGUCGCAAGGUGUGACUGACAAUGUGUCAGCCCUACGGACACAUUUUUAUGUGUCCGUAGGGCUGACAUGUAGAGACACAACCAUUCACACUCUCAUUCACACCUACGGUCAAUUUAGAGCCACCAAUUAGCCUAACCUGCAUGUCUUUGGACUGUGUGGGGGGGGGAAACGGAGCACCCAGAGGAAACCCACACAGACAUGGGGAGAACAUGCAAACUCCACACAGAAAGGCCCCCGUUGGCCACUGGGCUUGAACCCAGAAUCUUCUUGCUGUGAGGUGCCAGUGCUAACCACUACCGUGUAACCUCCUGCAAAACUAAAUAGUCAGAAUUUCUUCAGGAUCCAACUCGAGUGCGAUUAAAGAAAUAGUCCCAUGCACAGGAGCAGGAGACUUUGCUAAUCCAUUCCUUUGGGCUGCAUCUUUGCACCAUCAGCCUCAUUUCAUACAAAUGACUGGUGUAUCUAAUAACAGCUACUCUUGCCUUAUACAUUAAUUUCCUUUUACUAAAUGCUUUAUCCUCGUCCACCAGCCCGUCACAAAGUGUCUCCGAUACUCAUUUACAUUUGAGGGCAAUUUAAAGUAGCCAGUCCAUCUAGUGGUGUGUUUUUCUGAAGGUUGGAGGAAACCCACACACGUUUCAAACAAAACUCUGAGCUCAGGAUCGAACCGGAGACCUUUGGAUCUGUGAAAUGGUUUCUGAUUUAUUGCUAUAUCUACAGUAUAUUUGUUAAUAUGUUCCUGGGAUCUUUGAAAAGUGUAUUUAAACAUGCACAGUAGUAAUCAGGGCUUCCUCUGGCACUAAAGUUGUUUUAAAAGAAUUCCAGUACAGUUGGUCAUCUUAUUGCAACAGUGGUAUAAAGGUUAUAGUAUUAAAUCUAUUCUAUUAAAGUGUAUAGUGAGUUAAUAUUUUUAUUUCUUUAUAUGUAUUGAAUGUUCAGAAUGUUUGGUUGUAAUGUAACCAUGUUCUAAUUUACUCCCAUGGAAGCUGGUGUGGGUUUUUUUUAGAUUUAUUGCUGUUGCUUUAUAUUUUAUUAUAGCAGACAAAAUGUCAUGGUGGCAUUGAGCAUAAAUUAAAGUUUUAGCCUUUUUACAGAGUCAGAUAUUUUGGGGUGGGUUUUGUGUGUGUGUGUAAUACUUGAUAUAAAGGUGAGGUGAGAGCUCUGGGCAUAAGAGUUCGAGUUUCUCAGUGUCUAAAUGGAUGUGCUCUUGGGGUCCCUGAUUAAAACCAUCAAGAACAUUUAACUGCUCAUCUGACAGAUAAAUAAAUAUCAUUUAAAGUAAGACAUGUCCAAGAAAUGCCAUGAUUUAA